AUGCUGAAGGAUGUAUGUCAUUGUUUUCAGUUGGUUGACCAGAUUAAGGAAACAAAGCUAGCUUCUUCCUCUGUCUGCAUUAGCAAAUCGCCAUCUGCUCCAGCGUUCUCUGUCGCCGCCGCCGCUGCGCCUUCUCCUUGUCCCAGCACCUCUGCCGUAACCCCUACAAGACUUUCCUCCCUCUUUUCCUCCCUCUGCCGCAACAUCGAAAUUUGGAUAUUGACAUGGAUAAAGAAGGAGACGAGCAAAAGGCAAAAAAGAAAAAAGUGGGAAUGUAAAGGAGACUUGUUAGAAAAUGAAAUGGGAGACUUGCCUUUGAGCUCUUGCCAAAAGGUGGAUCAAUGGGCCUCUCCGUACUUUAUUAGUUGAGGCAAUCUGUCCUUACAGCGAAAUUCUGCGCACCAGUCCCUACUGCAGGAAGAUCUUCUCACGCAAUCUUCUGAAGAAGUGAUGUUGGAAAUGGUGGUCAACUGCUGUGGUUUUUAGAAAAAAUGCUACAAACUUUGUGAAUAAGUGUUAAAUCUCUUUUUGGUGUGGCCUUAUGUAUAUUACCUGACCUCGUUUCCUUCAUGUUCAAGUGUGGUGACAACUUCUACCUUAGCCUGAGAGAAACUUGUGACUCUUUCUUAUGUUGUAGUGUUACUUGUCAAAUACUUUACAUAGGAGAUAAUGCAGGCAACGAAGCUUCUGUUGUUACCUGUUCUGUAUUUCUUUGGAUAAUGUUUUUUCCUUGCAUAUAGUAAAGGAGCCUUAUUUUGACUUUAAA